AUGGACGUCCAUUGCCUCGAGCUUAAGACUCUCGCCGACCAACUUGCCGACAUCGGUGCUCCAGUGUCGAAUAAUAGGCUCGUGUUGCGUAUCAUUGCAGGUCUGAACGCGAAUUAUGAUGGAAUGACAAUCUCUUUUUCUCGUGCCAAACCGAUCCCCCCUUUCAUAGAGGCUCGUUCUAGCUUGUGUAUGGAAGAACGCCGCAAAGUCCACCAAGUGGAGCACGAUGCAGCCAUUAACGCCGCUGCUCUCCUUACCACCGACAGCUCUGAUAGUCACUAUCCAUCCGCAAAUCGUCACAAUCAUCCUCGAAGGGGAGGUCACAAUUGCGGUCGUGGUAAUCAGGGCGGCAAGAAAGGUGGUCGAGGCAAGAAUCGAGGUGGCCACAACAACCGAAAUUCCUCCGGGUCACCGGCCGCCAGCGAUUAG